AUGGCCAUUGGCGAUCGAGUUGGUGUGAUCGUGGACCUGAGGCAUCCCGUUCCGCCCCUCGAGUUCGUCCUGAAUCGAAAAUCUACGGGUCCCUUCUUGAAGCAGAUCGUGAAGAAGAUGGAAGGAGCCCCGCUCUACCCCUGCGUGAGCUUCUGCCUGAACCAUGUAGGCUGUUUUGCUAGGCUGACGCAUCUUGGGCCUCCUCCCGAGGACAUUGUCCCAUGGGAAUCCGGAUGA